AUGCAUAACUGGUCCGCGCCACACUCCACCACGACGCAUCCCACAACGCCGCCGCACGCCUAUCCGGACCAUGGAGACUGGCCGCACUCACCCAGCGCGCUGGCUGCUGCUGUAACGCUCGCGACUCUCUCCGACAGCAGAUCGCACGGUGACGACGAUGACGACGACGAGGUGGACGACGAUGACGAUGGUGGGGGAAUAUCACUAGUGGACUACCAGCAAUUCAUGGAAGCCAUGCCCGGACCACAUCAAGCAGGAGAGGGAAACGACGACGACGAUGAGGAUGAGGAUGAGGAUGAGGAUGAGGAUGAGGAAGCAGCGCUGGAUGAGGGAGGCACCAUCGAAGACAUGUUUGGCCCAAUUCAUCCUUCGUAUGUCACAUACAACGCUUUCGACCUGUUCACAGGUGACACAUCCAACAUACCUCACCACACAUCCACUACUUAUUUCACCACACCGAUGGCCAUAGGAACCCACACAGCCCACUUCCCAUUCGGUGCUGAUCCGCUGCUAGAGCCACCAACGACGCUCAACGAACCGCAUUUGAGUAUCCAGGACAGGGCCGCCUUUUGUCCCAUCACUUCUUAUUUCCAUCGCUUUUUCGGAAAGCUUAAGCCUAUCGUUCCCGGUCUGGACCUGGUGCAGGUGCCGGAUUUUAUUAGUCGGGAGGAUCUCAAGGGCGACGAAUAUGACUACCAGGGCAUUGAUUGGACGGUUCGCAAGACCACACGUGCAGCGGUGCGUAAGGCGCGGUUGCAACACGAACGUCAAAGAGUGCUACACAGUGUGAAGGAAGUUCGAAAGUAUGUGCAUUCAACACCCAAUACAGACAGCUUCUUCCAGUUUCGAAGGAUCAACACCAAGCCUCGUGCUUUCGUUCCUCACUUCCAGCUGCGAAACAUUGUGACAGCUACAUCCCGCAAUGAUGUGUACUACGCAAAAGGUCAUCAAGUACUGCAUACAGACGCUGAAGGUGUGCCCGAAGACGUCGUCGUUGACCUUAGCAAACAUCUAGCUCCCGACGCCUCGAUAACCACCAUUGCAUCACAUGGCGACGUACUCAUCGCUGGCGCUUUUGAAGGCGAGUACGCCAUCGCCAACCUCUCUUCCACUCACGGCUCGCCCUGUACAUUUGGCCGCACUUCAGACUUCGCAACCGACACAAAGUCACGCAUAGUCAACCACAUGCACCUCUUCCCCUCACGGCGGACAUACAUUCCCCAAGCCGUCUUGUGUUCCAACGACCACCGCCUCCGCGUCCUAGACUGCGGCACCAACACUUUCAUCCACUCAUUCCAAUACUCGGCAGCAGUAAACUGCUCAGCAACAAGUCCAAACGGCCGCAUGCGCGUCGUAGUCGGCGACUUCCAAGAAACCCUCAUCACAAACGCCGAGACAGGCCAACCGUUCGAAACACUAAAUUCCCACACCGACGACGCUUUUGCCUGUGCCUGGGCAGACGACGGCAUCCACGUUGCAACCGCAGCCCAAGAUUCCACUAUUGUCGUCUGGGACGCGCGAUACUGGGAGAAACCCCUAGCUGUCAUGAAGAGCGAACUCAGUGUCCCAAGGUCCCUGCACUUCUCUCCUAUUGGUUCUGGACCUCGUGUCCUCGUUGCAGCGGAAGCAGACGAUUUUAUCAAUGUUAUCAACGCGCAGACGUGGGAGUCGAAACAGGUUUUUGAUUUCUUUGGCCCCGUGGGUGGUGCGUCGUUUACGCCGGAUGGGCAGUCGCUCUUUGUUGCUAAUGGGGAGAGGCGGUUUGGCGGCAUCAUCGAACUCGAACGUACAGGGUGGGCGGAUAAGACGGGCAGGAGGGGCAGUUUUGACGAUGAGCACCGGGAUGAUAUUGUUACGGAUUGGGUGGGUGAUGGUGCGCUGGAUGCUGAUGGCAGGGUUUUGGCGGGCGAUGUACAGAGACGGAGGCGACAUGUUGAUUUGAGCGAUGUCAUUGUAUGA